UGAAUGUGUGAGUGAAGGCCCGAAAUGUCAGGGGCUGGAAAUCAGAACUUGGCAGGAUGGGGAAUGGGACAUUAAAGCAUCAGGGUGCAGCUCACAGGAGAAGCAGCUCAGAGGAAGAGUGAGCAGCAGAGAUGCUGCACAGAAAGCCGGCAGCCCACAAGGCGACGGCUGAAGCUAGAGCCACAGAAGAUAAACGUGCGAGAAGCGCAAUGCAGGUGACCAAAGAGGCUGUGGGGGCAGGGGACAGGGGGCGACUCUCAAGGGAGCCAGGAGCAAUGUACGCCCAACACUUACAGCCUCCCACAGUGACAGAAUGCUUGGGUCCGAGUACAGGAAACCAAUUGGCCUGGGCUAGAAAGACUCAAGACCCUUGGAUUGCAGCAGGUCCUUUUUCCCCACUAGAGAAGAAGAUUAAGAGUUUAGGUGGCAUCCAUUCUUCAGAAGUAAGAAAACUAUUAGCCAAACAGUUUCAAAAGGAGAAUGAAGCGCUUGAUAUAUUUAAGGCCAGGUCUUCUGACUUCUGGCUUGCUAAAGCAGAGGAAUAUUUUUAUCAAUAUCAUCAAGAAAUCAUGAGGAAAGAAGCACAGAACUACAAGACAAUUAAAGUAGAGGAAGAGGAGACAAGAUCACAAAGUAAGAAGUCAGAAAAUGCUAAAAAAUGGGAAUAUCUAGUGUCGGAGAGGGAACUUAAACAUAUAGAGAAACACAUACACCGAGCUGCACAAGCAAGAGGCCUCAAGGACCGCAACUGUCAACUACCUCAAAGAACUCCACGGGAAAUACUAUUUGCAAGAACAUUACAAUUGGAUGAUGAAAAGAACGGAACGACCCAGAAAACACACAAAACUAAAACUAAAAAGCACAAAGUGGCAUGGGCCCAGGAACAGAUGGAGAGACAUCAAGAGCGAAUGAUUCGAGGGAGGAAACUUACAGAGCAGAGAAAUAAUCAAAGAAAUGCUUGCAAACUAUCUAGCUAUGUUCCACCUGUCCUAAAGUCUCAAGUGAAGAAGAAGAAGGAGGUGAAAGAGUCUGAAAGGGUCACAGCAUAUCCUAUCCUCCAGCCUUACCAGAAAGCACUUCUGGAAGUGACUGUCCUGAUGGAAAAACCGAAAGAGGUUAAAGACCAAAAGCCACUCCAAAGGGAGUUCUUAAGUGUACCGCCAUUCCUGAGAAGCAAAUUUUUAGAUAGGAAGUAG